AUGCAAAGAACAGCAAAAUUAGUAGAAACAGGCCAAAAAAUCUUUAAAACUUUAAUAACAAAAACAAAGAAAAGUUGUGAAAAAAUAAAAACAGCAAGUAAUGUUUUUUAUCAACCAAAUAAUUAUCGAGUUUUAUUUGAAUAUAAUGCACAAGUUGCACGAGAACUCAUAAAACAAGUUUGGAUUCAAGAGCGACUGAAACCGCCCUCAGUUGCAGAAAUUAAAUAUACAUAUAGAAAAAUUCCUCAAUAUACAAACAUUUCAUAUUUUUAUUCUUUAUCACAAAAAGAAUGGAUUCGGCUUGGAAUUUUUUCUCUUCAAGUAUAUGGAUUCUUUAAAAUUGGGGAGAUAAUUGGGAGACGUCAUAUCGUAGGUUAUAAAAUUUAAUAAUAUAUUAUAGUUUAA